AUGAUGAGGGGUCCCAAUAUUCGCUGCCUGGGGAAGGGGCACGCCGUUUACAGAAUAUUCAAGGGCAUGUUAAUCGGCAAGAGCAGGAACAGCACUGCUGCCGCUGGGGGGGAACUCCAAAUACAGGGACAAUCGAGUGAGCGUACUGAAAAGAGGGAUGACCACAAUGAAGACAGACGGGAUGAUCCGAGGGGGAAGGACCAAAAGGAGAGUCGCACACAUAUCAGCAGAACAGACAUGAAAGGGGUGAACUUUAAGGAGGGGCUCCAAAACGCAAGCUUCCUCGAAUUUAAUUUCAAAACGGACGUGUAUUUGAAGCUGAACGAAAUGAAGAUUUUUACCCCCACGCAAAUUCAGAGGAACGUAAUACCGUUGCUGCUACAGGGAAGGGGGGACUCAACGGAGGGACGUGCGGAAGUGGCCACGUCUGGUGCGAAGGCAGAUGUGUGUAGAGAAAUAUUGAAAAGUAGAAGUUGCAUUAAUGGUUACUUGAAGGAGAGUUUUAACAUGAGGGGGGAUUUUUACGAUGUCGGGAAGUACCAAUCAUGUGAUGGGGGGAAGUCCUUUGGGAGAGGCCAAACUCCUGGUAGGCAUGCCGAUCGGAGCAGCUGCCGAACGGCCGUGCCGUCACACGAUGGGGAAGCCACUCCAUGUGGAGAGAAAACCAAAUGCUUCAACGAUGUGUAUGUUAUCGUGAGUCCAGAUAACACGGGGAAGACACUGAGCUAUUUCCUUCCAAUAUUAAACAACUUUUACAUGAACAAUGAGAAAAUUAUGAAAAGCCUAUCAAAAUUUUACCACUUUUUAAAUAAAUAUAAUUACAAAAAAUUUCGAAACAAACUGUUUCGGAAGAAGGAAAAGUUAAUAUGUGCGAACAGGAGAAUGGACAAUUUCUUUUUUCAUGUAGCCUAUGAAAAGCACAAAGUACGAAACAGGUACAUAUACAUACGUAAAUACAAAAAUUACAACGUCAGCAGGAGCUACGUAAGGAAUAAGAAGAACAAUGAACUGAACUGUUUGAGGCAUAAAAAAAAUGUCUUCUUUCCCUAUGCAGUUAUUUUAACAAACACGAGGGAAGCUGCGUUCGAACUUUUCUCCUUUUUAAAAAAUUUUGACGUAAAUAUUGAGUUGCUGGCGGGGGGAUAUUCGUACAAAAGGAAGUCUGUUAAAAAGUUUCACGUGGAGAUGCUAUCUCAGGCAGGUGAUGCGGGGGCUCCAAGAAUGGACUACGCAGACGAAUGGUACAACUCGCAUGAUGAGGAUCACUUUGGGGGGUACCCAAAUGUGCGUAGCGAGUUCAUCAAAACGAACAAUUUUUUAAAAAGAAUUAGUAAAAAUGUGAAGCGAAGCGCCAAGGCAAUAAAUUACAAUAUCGACAUUUUGGUUGGGACACCCGAUAAAAUUUUCGAAAAAAUAGACAACUCCAAAAAUAAGCAUUUGUACAAUUUUAAGUUUUUAAAGUACGUAGUCGUGGAGCAGGCAGAAACGCUGUGCAAUGCAUUCAACGAAGGGAAGCUGCAGCUUGUGCUUAACCAUAUAAGGAAUUACACUAACAUGUAUUAUUUUAGGGGGGGUGUCUCGGUUGAGGGGCCUCAUGCGGGGAGCAACCCCAGUGAUGUUCUCAGAGAUGAUCGCUCUGGUGAUCCUCAUGAGGAUGUGCGUGAUGGACAAAAGAAGGGAUUCGACUUGGAGAACGAAGAAGCGCGUCGGAGUACACGACGGAGGGGACGCAGAAGCAGUCUAAUCCAGCAGAAAAUAACUGACAUGACGCAGGAAGAGGAAAAUGAUGAGGUGAGUCCAGAUAGGUGUGAAGAAGGUGACGUGGGGCAGGAGACCGACGACGGAAGUUACAGUCGGGGUGCCCCCAAAUCGUGUGAUGGGAAAGAAAAGACAGGCGAAUCAUGCGUAAGAAACAGUACCAAUGGGGAGAGCCCCCCCGAAGAGGGCACCCCUCGCAGCACCAAAAGGAAAAACACAGAGCACGACAAACGCAACGAACCCAACGAACGUGCGGAAGUUAUACGACUGAUCAACAGCGGAGGAGCCGAAAACGAAAAGAACACCCUGAGCUCGAACAUCCCCAUAUCCAUAUUCGUGUCAGCAACGAAAACGUUUUGUAUUAGCGAAUUUCUCGCCAACAACGUGAGGAGCAAACAUAUCCAGGAGGUGAUUCACCUGAAGAGCCACGAUAUCAGCUCCGAAAUGAAACACAUAUUUAUUAACAGCAAAAAUAAGGAAAAAACUGCCCUCCUGUUGGAGCUUCUAAACAGCAAGGACGCGCAAAGUAGCGCCAGGAUGAAGGGGUGUGUGCAGAGUAGGCAUUUCCUCAGUAGACAUGUAAUUUUCUGUAACACGAGAAAAAGCGUGCAGAAUGUUGCAGAUUUACUGACGGAACUUAAGUACAAAGUGAGUUGUAUUCACAACGAAAUGAGUUACAAGGAAAGGAGCCAAAAUUAUCGAAAUUUCAAAAAAAAUAAAACGAACAUUUUGGUAUGCACAAAUAUACUGAGCAGGGGCAUACAGUUUGAAAAUUGCGACAUAAUAAACUACGACAUUAGCAAUAAUAUAAAUGACUAUAUUUACAAGUCCAGCAAAGUGGCACACACCCAUGGCAGUACCUUCUGCGGCGGAAGAAGCAAUACGUUAACCUCCUUCUUUAGCAAAAAAAAUACAUCCCUAGUUAACGACAUCAUUGAAAAAACGGCUGACAAGAAACAAAUAAUUUUUCAAAACUUAAACAAAAAAGUAAGCAAAAUGUUGAAGCUACAAAAUAUAUACUACGAUAUUGUGAAGAAGAAGAAAAGGUAUCAGAAAAAAGGAGGGCGAAAAGCUUUACACAUUGCUCCAAGGAGAAAUUGCCUAAGUAAAAAAAAUAAAAUAUUAUCCAAAAAGCUGUACUUUUAUAAUAAAAUGAAUAUAGAGCGUAAGCGCUUAAUAAAGAAGGGAAUCCUCAAGGGUCAUGAAAAGAUCCCCAGAUUUCCCAAUAGAAAAGCGGAAAUCUACGACAGCAAUGAGUAUAACUCUGUGCAGAGAUUGGAUGACGGCGCGCUGCAAAUUUUAGCCAAGAAAAGAAAAACGAAAAAGAAUAAAACGGAAGAUGGGGCAAAAUAUGAGGAGGACACCAUCGUUUUGGACAACAUGCCUACUUAUGAGGAGGAGGCGAAGACAAAGGAGAAGAAACACCAAAAGAAGACAUACUUUUAG